UCUAGCUAUGGCCGAAGCCAUCGAGCACAGCGUGGUGGAGACGAAUGGUAUCUGCAUCCAUGUCGCGCAGCUAGGAUCAGGGCCAGCGGUGCUGCUGCUCCAUGGCUUCCCCGAGAUUUGGUACUCGUGGCGCUACCAAAUGCCCGCCUUGGCAGCCGCUGGCUACCGCGCCAUCGCUCCCGACCUGCGUGGCUAUGGCCAAUCCGAUGCGCCGCUUGGAAUCCAACACUACACUGUGUUUGACGUCGUGGGCGACCUCGUUGGCCUCUUGGAUUUCCUCCAGCAAGACCAGGCUGUUCUCGUCGGCCACGAUUGGGGCGCGAUCAUCGCGUGGAACUUUUGCAUGCUAAGGCCGGAGAGGGUCAAGGGGAUCGUGGCUCUCAGCGUUCCUUUCUCGCCGAGAAAUCCACACAUAAGUCCCGUCCAGCGCUUUGAGAAGCUGAUUGGAGAAGGAUUCUACUACUGCCGCUUCCAGGAACCUGGUAGGGCCGAGGCUGAUUUUGCUCGUCAUGGAACCAAGGCAGUGCUCAAAACUUUGCUGGGAUCAUCCGGGAGAGGAAUGAUAGCUCCAAAAGACAAGGAACUCUUUGACAUUUUCAGAGUCCCGGAUAAGCUACCACCGUGGUUAACCGAGGAAGACAUCGAGUACUACGCUCUCCAGUUCGAGAAAUCGGGAUUCACACCACCACUAAAUUACUACAGAGCCACGGACUUAUCGUGGAGGCUUUCGUCUCCGUGGACAGGAGCUCGCAUCCAAACUCCAGCGAUUUUCAUCACUGGAGACAAGGACGUGGUUUACGGCUUCCCUGGAACCAAAGAGUUCAUUCACAGCGACAAGUUCCGCAAGUUCGUUCCAAAUCUCCGGGGAGUUACUGUCGUUCCAGGCGCUGGCCAUUUCAUCCAGCAGCAAAAGCAUGCCGAGGUGAACGAGCUUAUCCUGCGCUUUCUCGCGUCAAUCCUUCCGUCUAGACUAUGAUCCAGGCGAGUACCACAAGAAUAACGCUACAGAGUUAGUGAGUACUUACAGCAUCAUGUUCGUCCUAUGAAGAACCCUAAAAAGAUAUGUUUUUCUAUAUUGAGGUGGUGAUAGCCUUUUAAUGUAUAAAAAAGAUCCUCA